AUGGCAGGAGAGACACCCUCUUCAGACUGUUCUCCUGUCAUCGACCACAGCCACGUCCCAGAGUUUGAGGUGGCUCUGUGGGUCAAGAUCACCUUGGCCCUGAUCUACAUCUGCAUCUUCAUCGCGGGCCUCUUGGGCAACAGCGUCACCAUCAAAGUCACCAGGAUCCUGCAGAAGAAAGGCUACCUGCAGAAGGAGGUCACCGACCACAUGGUGAGCCUGGCCUGCUCUGACCUGCUGGUCAUCCUGCUGGGCAUGCCCGUGGAAUUCUUCAGCGCCAUCUGGAGCCCCUUCUCCACCCCCAAUGGCAACGUUGCCUGCAAGCUGUACUACUUCCUCUUUGAGGCCUGCAGCUACGCCACGGUGCUGCACGUGGCCACGCUCAGCUUUGAGCGGUACGUGGCCAUCUGCCACCCCUUCAGGUUCAAGGCCGUGUCCGGGCCCCACACGGUGAAGCUGCUCAUUGCCUUUGUCUGGGGGACAUCUGUCAUUGUGGCUCUGCCCCUGCUCUUCGCCAUGGGCACGGAAUAUCCCCUGGAGGCCAUCGAGGGCUACCAGAGAACGAGCUCCUGUGUCAAGCCCACUCCCAGGCACUACAUCCCUGAGCUGAAGCACAACAUGACCAUCUGCACCUGCCUCUCCUCCAGGUGGUCGCUGUUCCAGGCCAGCAUCUUCAGUGCCUUCGCUGUGUACAUCGUUGUGCUGGGCUCUGUCACCUUCAUGUGCCACAGCAUGAUGAAGGCCCUGAUGAUCCACAAGAAGGGCACUGUGGCGGUGAAGGGUGGAGUGAAGCACCAGGGGCAGCACCUGAGGAAAAGUGAGGGUUCAGAGGGCAAGAGCUCCAGGAGACAGAUCACUUUAUUCCUGGGACUGAUCAUCGCCACUCUGGCGGUGUGCUGGAUGCCCAACCAGGUCAGGAGGAUCAUGGCAGCCGCCAAACCCAAGCAGGACUGGACCUACCCCUACUUCCGAGCCUACAUGACCCUCCUUCCCAUCGCCGACAUCUUCUUCUACCUCAGUUCGGUGGUGAACCCGCUGCUGUACAACAUCUCCUCGCAGCAGUUCCGCAGCGUGUUCCUGCAGGUGCUGUGCUGCCGCCUCACGCUGCAGCACGCCAACAGGGAGCGGUUCCUCAGGGCCAACCAGAGCUCCGCGGCGCGCAGCAGCCGCUCCCUGCGCCCGCUGCUCUUCACGUCCUCCAGGCGCGGCUCUUCCGCCAAGGGCAACGCUAAAGUUUUCCUGAGCACCUUCCAGAAGGAGCCCACGCCCGGCUGCAGCCCACAGGAGACGGGUUCUGCACCCUCAGAUCCCAGCCUGGAACCCCUCGAGAGCGGCUCACAGCCCGCUCAGAACGGCCUCUGUGAACACCAAGUGUGACCUCAUAAGGCAAAGU